GGCUACUGGCCCCGUGACCUUAUCUUUCUGGAAAUGCCGGUGGAGCUCGCACAUGCUCGGCAUGCUUUUAUAGGCUAAAUAGUUGAAAACCUGGUCGACUUGAUCGUGCUUCCACCUUUAAACAGCGAGUGUCUGUCUGAAACCAGCCGGCUCGUCUGACAAACAGGGAGCAGAAACAGACAACACCAUGAAUAUGACCAGGUGUCUUAUUGCCGAGGCGGAGGUGCAGGCGUUCAUCAAGCGGUGCAUGCUGAGCGUGGGCACCAGACCCAGCCAUGCCCGCAGCCUGGCAGAGGUGCUGGUGGAGGGAGACCGGAGAGGGCAUUACAGCCACGGCCUCAACCGGAUGGAUGUGUACGUUAAAGAAGUUAAAGCGGGCAUCUGUGCUAAGGAUGGCGAGCCAGUCAUCGAAAGGGAGACUGUGGCCACCAGUCUGGUGGACGGGAGGAACCUGUUGGGUCCAGUGGUAGGAAACUUCUGUAUGAGCCUGGCCCUGAGGAAGGCCCGGGACGUGGGCAUCGGCUGGGUGGUCGCGCGAGGCUCCAAUCACUAUGGCAUCGCUGGUUAUUACGCCAUGCAGGCCCUGAAAGAGAACAUGAUCGGCAUGUCCUAUACAAACACCUCUCCACUGGUGGUCCCUACCAGAGCUAAAGAGUGCACUCUUGGGACCAACCCCAUCAGCGUAGCGGCUCCAGGUAAACAUGGAGACAGCUUUGUGCUGGACAUGGCGACGUCUGCAGUGGCGUUGGGAAAGGUGGAGCUUCACGACAGGAACGGUACCUCCAUCCCAGAGGGCUGGGGCUGUGACUCGGAGGGCAAGCUGAGCACUGACCCCAGCAAGGUCCUCCAGGGAGGGGGCCUGGUGCCCAUUGGAGGGUGUGAGACCACAGGGGGAUACAAGGGCUUUGGCUUGGGCAUGAUGGUGGAGGUGUUCUGUGGAAUGCUAGCAGGGUCUGAGUACAGUCGCUACAUUCGAACGUGGAGGGUGACAGAUCGGGCUGCUAAUCUGGGUCAGUGUUUUGUAGCGAUAAACCCAGAGAACUUUGCUCCAGGUUUUAACGACAGAAUGUCAGACCUACUGUCUUUACACAGACAUUUGGAGCCUGCCGAGACUGAGAUGCCGGUUGUUGCGCCGGGAGACCCAGAAAGAAUUCAUAUUGAAAAAUGUAAUUCUCUCGGUGGCAUACCGUACCAUCUCAGCGUGGUCAACCACAUGAAUACUUUUGCCAAAAGCAUAGGGGUCACUCCCCUGCUUUCAGUUAACAAGGUGAUUGAAUAACACCUGACUGGCUGGAGUGUCGGCUGCAGUCCUGCACUUUACACGGUGAUGCUUGAAAAAGGUGAUCUGUCCUCGCAUCAAGGUCAAGCCAAGAGUGGGUUCAGUUAUGUGCUAUAGAAGAAUGCCCUCAGCCUUCUUCUCAGGAUGACCAUCUUCAAAGAGAAAGAAGACUUAAAAUAUGGGAAACUGUAGGAUGCAGAAUGUGCAGUAACUGAAUUUAUGGUCAAACGGGUAGUUUCAGUUUUAAUCUUGCUCAUAUAUACUCAUUUGAAAGAAUCUUUUACACUGGAGCCACAGGGUAUUUUACGUAUUUCAAGAUAGAAAUAGUUUUAUACAUAAUAAAAAUAACUUAUUCAUAUACAAUGUCAUACAUUAUUGGUGUUACACCACAGGUGUUACACCACAGGUGACACUGCGGUGUUUUUUUUUCCGAGGGCAUUCGGUUUGCUUCAGAUCUCAGGAUAAAGGUGUAUCUGUAAAAAUGUUCAACAAUGAAAUAAAACAUUUUAAGAUUUCCUUAAAA